AUGGGGAAUCAGGGAUCAUCGCCCCACGAGCCCCUGGACAGAGCUCAGGCUCAAAACGCCGACCUCAAAAUGAAGUCGUCGGUCCGCGGCUCGCUGCGGAGGGCGCGCGCGGGCGCGGCGCUGUCCCCGCCCCGCGCCGGCAUGGAGCGGCUGAGGCGCUCCUUCCGCGAGUCCUUCCGGCGGCGCAAGGGCUCGCCGCCGGAGUCCGCGCGCCCCCACCAGUGGCACGCGGACGAGGCGGCCGUGCGCGCCGGCACGUGCACCUUCCCCGUCAAGUACCUCGGCUGCGUGGAGGUGUUCGAGUCGCGCGGCAUGCAGGUCUGCGAGGAGGCGAUCAAGGUGCUGCGGAACUCUAGGCGGCGGCCGAUCCGAGCUGUACUUCAUGUCAGCGGCGACGGGUUGCGUGUCGUGGAGGAAGAGACCAAAGGGCUCAUUGUUGACCAGACCAUUGAGAAGGUCUCCUUCUGCGCGCCGGACAGGAACCACGAGCGAGGAUUCAGCUACAUCUGCCGCGACGGCACGACGCGCCGCUGGAUGUGCCACGGUUUCCUCGCGUCGCGCGACAGCGGCGAGCGGCUCUCGCACGCGGUGGGCUGCGCGUUCGCCGCGUGCCUGGAGCGCAAACAGCGCAGGGACAAGGAGUGCGCGGUGUCUAUGAGCAUCGACGCGGCGAGCCACGCCUUCACGCGCCAGGGCUCUUUCCGCAAAUCGGGGAUAACGCGGCGCGCGUCCGAAGCGGACACGCCGCCCGUGGCGCCCUCUGCGGCGGCGGCGGCGGCGGGCGCGGUGGGUGUGGGGGGCGCGGCGGGGGCGGUGGGGGCGGGGAGGCCGCACAACCCGUUCGCGGUGGAGCGGCCGCACGCGGCGCCGCACCUCCUAGAGCGGCAGGGCUCGUUCCGCGGCUUCGCGCAUCUGAACAACAGUUCCCCGUUCAAGCGGCAGAUGUCGCUGCGCAUCAGCGAGCUGCCGUCCAACCUGGAGCGGCAACGCCUCGGGCUGGGCUCGCCGCCCGCUGCGCUGCCCGCGCCCGCGCCCGCCCCCGCCUCCGCUCCUGCCGUGGCCGCACCCAAGCCCGACGUGGCGCCCCUCGAGGAGAGUGCGGAGGAGUUGGCGCCGGGCGCGGACCCCGUGGCGGCGAUGUGCCAGCAGCUGUCUCUGGAGCUGCGCGCGCUGGCCGAGGAGCCAGUGGCGGCCCGCGGGCUGCCGCACCCCGACGCCUGGCUCGGCCGCGUGGCGCGAGCCACCCCGCCGGCCGACUGCGGGAUACGCGCCCCCGCCUCCACCAACCCCUUCCUCACCCCGGCCCAGCUC